AUGAUUCGCCACAUCCAAGAACAUCCAAGAGCCAAAGAAGCCCAGGCUCGACUUCCCAUCAAGAAGCGCAAGCUCCGAGAUAAUUCUUAUGUGAAAUCCAUCAACGAACGACCUCGGCAAAACAAGAAAUUGACCCAACAAGUAGCAACGAAUCCAUCCGCUGGAAGGUCUGCUACCAUCUCUAGUGAUGCAACCAUGGAUGCCAUUAUACAAGAUAUCAACCAGCUCCUGUGCUCUGGCAUAGGCAAGUCCAACCGCAAAAAGCGCCUAAAGAAAACCAAAAAACGUUGGAGGACCGAACUUGGAAUGUCCAAGGUUCAGUUUUCCAACGGAGUGUGGCAUCUAGCCCGAAACAAGGCCAAUGUUCAGAUCCAGUUUGAAAACAAAAUAAUUUUGAACAGCCCCUUGCUUGUCGACGAACCAAGAGACGCUACCGACUCCUCAAGUUCUAUUUCGACAGAAUCAUCUACAAACACAAUUCUGGACGCUCCCUUCACGGUCCCAGAUACAAAUGACGAAGAUGAUACCAAGGUUCUAGGGAUGCGUCCAGCUGUUGAUCAGGAGGGCUCUUGGAUUAAUCUGUUCCAUCCUAGUGUUUGGGGUUUGGGAACAUCGAUGUGGGGGUAG